GUUUUUGCUUUUUUGUUUUUGUGUUUGGAAAGGAAGGAUUACAGUUCCCCCUUCCCUGUUCCCUUUCAUAACCCUUUUCUAUAAAGAGGGAAAAAAUCCGGAUGGAUUUUAAGGAUUUUUGGACUGGUGUCAGCUGUGUUUUAUUGCACACCUAAAUCCUGAUAAUAGGCUUUUCAUUUUCCCCCAAAGCCUUUAUUUUGGUAGUUAAGCCAGAUGUAUUUUCCAAAAAGUUAGUUCAAUCGUUUUCCUUCUCGUUCUUUCCUUAUUCCCUUUCCUUUUUCCUAUCUGACCCCAAACGUUAUUGUCCAAACAUGACUGGACAGCAGCUUUUGUUUCUUGACCCUGUAAUAUGACAGUUUGCUAAUAUUGCCAGAAGGUGCAGUUUUUGGGUUACAGUCGUGAUUUUAGCUAUUCAGUCAUAUUAGCAGGAAAAAAAAAAAUGACUUGUUUCUGUUGUACUUGAGUCUUAAGAAAAAGUGCCCCUAGUUUAGUGACAAUUUCCAAAGGCUUUUAGUACCACCUAUAUUUCAAAAUGGGGGACCCAAACUCCCGGAAGAAACAAGCUCUGAACAGACUACGUGCUCAGCUUAGAAAGAAAAAAGAAUCUCUAGCUGACCAGUUUGACUUCAAGAUGUAUAUUGCCUUUGUAUUCAAGGAGAAGAAGAAAAAAUCGGCACUUUUUGAAGUGUCUGAAGUUAUACCAGUCAUGACAAAUAAUUAUGAAGAAAAUAUCCUGAAAGGUGUGCGAGAUUCCAGCUAUUCUUUAGAAAGUUCCAUAGAGCUUUUACAGAAGGAUGUGGUACAGCUCCAUGCUCCUCGAUACCAGUCUAUGAGAAGGGAUGUAAUUGGCUGUACUCAGGAGAUGGAUUUCAUUCUUUGGCCUCGGAAUGACAUUGAAAAAAUUGUCUGUCUCCUGUUUUCUAGGUGGAAGGAAUCUGAUGAGCCUUUUAGGCCUGUUCAGGCCAAAUUUGAGUUUCAUCACGGUGACUAUGAAAAACAGUUUCUGCAUGUACUGAGCCGCAAGGACAAGACUGGAAUUGUUGUCAACAAUCCUAACCAGUCAGUGUUUCUCUUCAUUGACAGACAGCACUUGCAGACUCCAAAAAACAAAGCUACAAUCUUCAAGUUAUGCAGCAUCUGCCUCUACCUGCCACAGGAGCAGCUUACUCACUGGGCAGUUGGCACCAUAGAGGAUCACCUCCAUCCUUAUAUGCCAGAAUAGAGCACUGACCAGCACAAUGGAGAAGAUCAGAAUGCAGCAGCAAUGUUUUUCUUGUUUUCUUACCACUUUAUUCUUUCAGAGUUUAAGGAAAAUGGACUCAUGCACAGAACACUAUGCAUUUUGAAACUUGUUCAUUCUGGAUUUUUUUAAAUCAUUUGUAUCACAGAACUUUAAAAAAAAAUUGGAUGUCUUCUGCACGGACUGUGUGAAAGAAGAUGCUUUGCGUAUUUACUGCACUGCAUCAGCGUCUUACUAAAAAUGUGAAGUGAAAGGACUAUUGUACACUGAAAUGCUUAAAUGUAUCUGAAAGCACAAGGUGUGAUACUCAUUUUUGAUGGUCUUCCCAUUUAUGCUGGUUUUUGCCUCUUUGACAUCUGUCAUCAGUAUUUAGGGGGUGAGAAGUGAAUGUAACAGGUAUAAAUAACAUUUUUAAAAACUUAAUAGCUUUGCUGUAAUCACCGUUGUUCCAGAGCACUCUCAGAUUCAUUUUAAUGACCAGAGGUGGUUGUUAAAAAAAAAGAGACAACCACGGGAAAGAAAUCUUAAAUGAAAAAAAGCAUCUCAUUGUAGGCAUUCUUGCUUGCCUCAUAUUUUACUGGGCCAUGUUUAUUUCCUGGUACUCAUAAAUACAUGUUUUUUUAUUUCCAGAUCUCUUUCCCCAAGUUGCUGUUUUUUAUAAAAGAGUAUUCUGCUGAGUGUAGACAUACACAUUAAAACAGAUCUGGAGUCUGAAGUAGCUAAUGCAGCUAUAAAACCGAGAAUACAUUCAUAGCUGCAGAAACAAUGAUAGAGGAUUUUCCUUUUUGGUUUUUGUUUUGUUUUUUGGUUUUAAAGAGAAGAGAUAUUGUUACAAAGGAAAGAAAUUCAGUGAAUUGUGCAUAAAUACUGGUUUCUACACCAUGUUAAAGAAAGAACUUAGGGCUUUUUGGGAAUAGAAAAAAGUUAUAAAAGUUGGGAUCUUAAAUUGUAAAAAGAAAUUGAGUGUCAAAACGCAGAACUCAUUUUGUGCAAUGAACAUAAAGACUACUGUAUAGUUUUUUUUGUUUUUGUUUUUGUUUUCCUUUUAAAUGAAGAAAAGCUUUGCUUAAGGGUUGCAUACUUACUGGAGUAAAUCUGAAUGAUCCUACUUACUCCUUUGGAGUAAAAUUAGUGCUUACUGGUUUCCAAUUGUAUUUAGCUUCUGGUUGAAAUUUGAAAAAAUGAAAACCUAAAUAAAAUAGGUGAAAGUUCCCUGACUAUUCAGGUGAAUAUACAAAA